AUUAAUGCGAUGUCUGAAAUUCUGGUCAUUUAAUUUGCUACUGCGAUAAUUAAAAGGUAGCACCAGUUGAACCAUUAGACGCUGUGAACAGAGCGGAAGUGUAGAGUUCUAACACAGGAAGUGCAAAAGGAUAUUAGAUUUAGAGGAAUAUUGAAGUAUAUAAUUUUGAGUUUUUACCAUUUUGCUUCUAUGCGUUAAAUGAGCUCGGACGAAACGCCAGUGAGAUAUACGGAAGUAAGUCCUUUUCAGAUAAGCGACGGAUUUACGCACAAUCCUAAAAUGGAACCCGUGAAGACGAUUCGAAUUUUUAUGGCUGCAAUUGCAGCGAAUUUAUCAGCCUUUGCUGUAGGCACGUGUUUGGGCUGGACGUCGCCAAUCGCACCAAAGCUGAAAACGGAUGACACAUCUGAUUCCCCUUUAGAUCAUAAAAUUGGGCUAGAAGAUGAUGCUUGGAUAUCUUCGAUCGUAGCGAUUGGCGCUUUAGUGGCUCCUUUUGUUGCGGGACCUUUAGCUGAUAAGAUUGGUAGAAAAUGGGUGCUACUUUCCAGUUCUUUGUUCUUCGUGAUUGCCUACAUUUUGAUGAUGGUCGCCAGUGAAGUUUGGGUUUUACUUUUAGGACGAUUGAUACAAGGAUUCGGUGUAGGAUUUGUCAUGACAGUACAACCCAUGUACGUAGGGGAAAUUGCAACUGAUAAAGUUCGCGGUGCCACAGGUUCCCUUAUGCAGUUAUUCAUCGUGUCUGGAAUUUUGUAUGUCUAUGCAAUCGGUCCAUUUGUUUCUUAUCAAGCGUUGCAAUGGUGUUGUAUAGUGGUGCCCAUAGUCUUUGAUGCGGUAUUUUUCUUUAUGCCUGAAAGCCCUUAUUAUUUUGCCGGUAAAGGGCGGAAAGAGGACGCCUUAAAGUCAUUGCAAUAUUUACGUGGCCAGAGCGCAGAAGGCGUACAAGAUGAAUUGGCCAGUAUACAAGCAGAAGUUGAGGAAGCAAUGGCUAAUAAGGGUUCAAUUGCAGAUAUUGUGAAAGUUCCUGCUAAUAGGAAGGCGCUUAUAAUUUCAGCCGGUCUCAUAGCAUUCCAACAGUUGUCAGGCAUUAACGUCGUUCUUUUCAACAGUCAAUCAAUCUUUGAAAGUGCCAACACUGGUUUGGAUCCCGCAAUUGCUACUAUUAUUAUUGGCAUUGUGCAAGUCUCCUCUUCCGGCUUAACACCCUUAAUUGCCGAUCGCUUGGGACGUAAAGUUAUACUACUCAUUUCAGCAUCAGUUAUGAGUAUUGGUCUGACAGCAUUGGGUGCUUUCUUCUAUAUCAAAUUAAUGCAACCAGAAAAUGUGGAUAGCGUUACAUGGUUGCCAGUUCCUGCACUUAUUGUGUACAACAUUGUAUACUGUAUUGGCUUUGGUCCAUUGCCUUGGGCUGUAUUGGGAGAAAUGUUUUCACCGAAUGUAAAAUCGAUCGCUUCUUCUAUGGUUGCAUCGACCUGUUGGAUUUUGGGUUUCGUGGUAACGCGAUGGUAUCCUGCACUUGACGCUUUGGGCUCCUAUUACGCAUUCUGGCUAUUCGCCAUAUUCUGCGUGAUUGCUUUCUUCUUCACUCUUUUCAUUGUGAUGGAGACGAAAGGACUUAGUCUUCAAGAAAUUCAGGAUCGCCUUAAUGGUAAACGUGGUUAGUACAGUCGAGUAAAUCAUUUGUAAAAUUUGUAAGAUAUUUUACGCCACAUUAUUAGUGCGUUUCGUCUGUUCCUGAGAAUUACAUUUCUUUAAGACUUUUUCAAUUUUACUUUUAAAGUAUUCUAGCUAUUAAGUAAGGAAUUAAUAAAAAAAAUUUCUUAAAAAAAA